AUGUCGGGGUUCGGGGUCGGGGUCGGGGUUAGUCGGGGUCGGGGCGCAACCCUAAUUCAAACUGAUUUUGAUGAGACACCUCCAAUGUCUUCAUAUUUGUUAGCCUUAGUAGUCUCUGAUUUUAAUUAUAUUGAAGGAUAUACAAAACGUGGAAUACGAUUUCGUGUAUGGGCACGUCAAGAUGCUUUAACUUUUACUAAUUAUGCUUUAGAAUCUGGAAUUAAAGUUUUGGAAUUUUAUGAAGAUUACUUUGGAAUUGAGUUUCCAAUUCCUAAAUUGGAUAUGGUUGCAGUUCCUGAUGCGGGUGCUGGAGGAACAGAAAAUUGGGGAUUGGUCACAUAUCUUGAAAAAUAUCUUCUCUAUAGCCCAGAAUUAUGUACUAUUCAGCAAAAAUUGCUUGUUACUUCAAUUAUUGCACAUGAAUUAGCUCAUCAAUGGUUUGGCAAUUUAGUUACGAUGAGUUGGUGGAAUGAUUUAUUUCUUAACGAAGGAUUCGCUUCUUUGAUUGAAUAUUUGGGUACAGAUGCAAUCAGCAAUGGAAAAUUUCAAAUGAGGGAUUAUUUCAUUAUUAGAUAUUUGGACACUGCUUUUGAUGCUGAUUCUAAGGCAACUUCUCAUCCGAUAAUCCUUGAGAUACGAACGAAAGAUGAUUUUACUAAAGUUUUUGAUUCGAUAACAUACCAGAAAGGAGCAAGUAUAUUAAGAAUGAUAGGUGCUGUGAUGGGUGAACAAAGCUUUAAAAGCGGUCUAAAAGUAAAUAGUAAUUAUACAAAAAACAUUUUUUCAACUGGAUUUUAA